ACAACGAAAAGGGAGAGAAAAAGAGACAACCAGAGAGAGAGUGAGAGAAAGGGAAAAAGAUAGAAUAAGUAGAGCCACGUGAUAAAGGAAGAAGAGGGAGAGACGUUAAGGGGAAAGGGCUCGGAGGGAGAAGGACAACAGAUGUCCUACUGUAUGACGCACGGGGAUAUUUAGCCUUCACGAGGAUAGUCGUUGCCUUGUUUCUGUACGUUGCGGAAGUAUAGUGGUUACGAAAAAAAAGAGGUUAAUCUUUCUCUUUCUCUUCCUCUAUCUAUCUUCCUUUCUCUCUCUCUCUCUCUCUCUCUCUCUCUCUGUUUACUUUCUCUCUUUAUCGCUCUUUUGCUCUCUCUUUUAUCAAGCGUGCCGAAACAAGAUUUAUUUGCAAAAGGACUUCGCUCCAAAUUACAACAUUGUUUCGAAACAAAAGAAGGACGAUGUCUUCGAAAUAAUAAACGCACAUAUUUGGAUAAUCCUCGAUGAUGUGCGAGAUUUCUAAGGUCCAACGAAGGAUCUUUCGCGAUCAAGAUCCACCGCGAAUACGUGAUAAAGUAAAGGAUAAUCGUUUCUUAAAAAAUGAACCGGAAUUUUCCAAAUCUACGCCUAAUUCACCAACGGCAUUGCAACAAAGAGCAUCAACGUCCAGUUUGGAAAAAUGUUUGAGCGAGCCAGAAUUCUUAGAAAAAGAAUUAAAGAACGAGGAUUGUUCGAGAAUAAAUACAAAAGGAUCAGCAUCUUUUUCGUCAACCACAUCGUUAUCUUUGAAAGUUAACGUCAAUGAAAAACGAAAGGAAUCCUCUUUUUUUGCAUCGACGAACGUUCAGGAUUUCAUCGUCGAACUCUCUACGAAAGUGCCUUCGUCCUCUUCUUCUUCAUCUUCUUCUUCAUCUUCUUUUGGUGAUAAAAAGGUGAUUGCUAACGGUCUAAAGAACGAUCCCUCGGACAGCUGCGACGUUUUGACGAACGGAAGAAAAAUGGCACCAGUUUUGGGUGUCCCACCUCCACCACCGCCUGCACCUCAUAUGGGACCUGAUGGCCUAAUUUUACCUAGGAAACCUUACAACCCUUGCCUCACAUCUACCAAUCAUAAAGAUCUACGUAGAGAGUUACUUUUUAAUCAGAAAAUAGGUAGAAACGUGUUAAAUCAAAAAAGCGAGUUACAAAGAGCGUUAGAAAAGCAAAGAGAGAAUGCAUCUAGAAAAGAAGCUGAGAGAAUUCGUGAAGAAACUUUUAAAGAUGAUCCAAGGACAGCGUUACAAAGGGCGAUAGAGCAAAGGGCAAAACAUAUUCAAAUAAUGCAAGAGCAAUCACAACCAACGAUGAUUGAGCCGAAUAAUCUCUUGAUAACGGCGAGAGCGAAAUUAAGACCACGUACUGACUCGCAAUGAAUUAGAACAAAUGUGGAAAUUGGAUCGAGCGAUACGUGAAUUAGAACAAACAAACGACCAUUACGUUUUUCUUCAUGGAUUUUAAUAUCGGACGAUCAUUUUUUUAGGACGUAAUUUUUGUGUAUAUAGAUAUACAUACACGCAUACAUUUAUAUAUAUAUAUAUAUAUAUAAAUGUAUGUAUUUUUUAGAAAAGCAGGACCAUAAACUCGCACUCCUUAUAGCCAUAGAUAAGAAAAAAACAAAAGCAAACGCGCGUAUUUAAGGGAAAAAAGAUAUAUGUAUUCCACAUGAGAACGACGAGUUUGUAAUAUUUUUUUCCUUUUUUUCAUUUCUAAAGAUUGAACAGAGAAGAAAAAUAGAAAUGACUUUAGACUAUUUUUAUGAGGAGUACGAUUCGUAGUAAACGUUCAUGCAUAGAUAGUUCAAUGAUAAAAUACGAAUCGUUGGAUCGACUAUUAAAUGUCGAUGUUAAUUGCCCUACAAGUUGCUUUCUGCUUAAACGUGGAAGUAUUAUGAUGAUGAUGAUGAUGACGAUGAUGAUAAUGAUGAUGAUGAUGAUGAUGAUGAUGAUGAUGAUGUAGAUUCGUGUUCAACAGACAAAGACGAAUUUAUUUAUAAUGAUCGUCUUUACACCAUGGUGAGAGAUUCUUCCGUGCCUCUAUAUGGGCUCGUUGCUGUUAGUCGGGACACACUAUACUUUCACUUGAUAAUAACCAUGAACCAUGAAAAAAGAAAAAAAGAAAAAACUAUCUGUGAAAUUUUCUUGACUUGUAGAAAAAGUGUCGAUUGUAUUUUUUUUUUUCUUUUUCUAUCAAUUUUAUUAACUCUAUUAAAGUAGGAGGACUAUAACUCUGUUGCUUUUGGCUAAUAAAAUACGUAAUAAUUCGUCAACUUUUGGAAACUAUAAUUUAUAGUCAGACAAGCGAUCGAGACACGAACACCGAGAUAAUAUUCUUUUUUUUUUUUGUGUGUGAAACAUAGAGAAAAUAUUGGAAUGAAUAUUUUGGGACCAUACACAUAAAGCAAGAUUGGAUAAUGAGGAAGAAGGCCUUAAAUGAAAUAGCAAAGUCAGAUAUAUGAUAUAAGAUUUUGUGGAAGAGAAAAUAUAUAUCUGUAUUGUAACAUACCGUUUCAUAUAGUAAUAGUUAAUUAAUAAGUAGAAGCAUGUGGUUAUUGAUGCAUACGUUUCAAGACUGAGGGAACAUGGACGAGAUCAAGGCUUGAAUAUUCUAAUAUGUUUCAAAUUACUAUUACUAGCGAAUUAAGAAAUACGAAAAUAGUAUCUAUUUGACGCACUUAUCAUUUCAUUGAUCUAAAAUAUCGUUGAGUAUAUAAUUUUCUUGAUAUAUACAUACAUGUAUAUAAAUAUAUAUUUAUAUACAUGUAUGUAUAUUAUAAUGAAAUUGUUCUUUGUAUCACUGCCGCGUUUUCUGCAUUAAAAUUUGUUUAUUGUUUGAACCAAGUUAAUUACAAUAUAUUUAAGAACGUGACAAUUAUCACAGUGGUACAAUUAAAAUUUCAAAUAUAUUUUAUUUCAUAUAGUAAUUUAUAAAACAUUCCUGUCAUUUCCGAUAAUAUAUGGGAGAAAUCAACAAUAAAGAGAAUACAAAAGCUAUUACGAGAAAAACUCAACGAAUGAAAAUAAAUCUCCAAUAUACUUCGGCAAAAAGCGAUCGAUCCGACUUAAUUUUUUCAGGUACGUAUUCGUUCAAAAAAAAAAGGACGAUGAGAAUAUAAAAGACUUUUUCGAUAAUAUUCGUGAAACAAGUAUUUUUAACUUUGACGUCAGAGCUGUUACUAUAAGUAUAAAGUAAUUUUUUUUUCUUUUUUUUUUUUUUGUUGUUUUUUUCUUUUUUUUUUUCUUUUUUUUUCUUUUUUUUUUUUUUACAAUAUCGGGGCUCAUAGCACCCCUUACAAUAUCUUUUUUUCUCAAGGACGAAAGAAAGAAAAGAUAAUACUAAUAUUAUGAUGGUAACAAAAUACUUGAUGUACGUUUACUUGCGAUGAAUGCUAAUUUUACAUUGACGAAAUAAUUUUACGAUGAUUACGCUAAGUGCCCUCUGAGGGAAUCGUAAAAGUGAGAAUGAAUCAAUAAUCAUCUCCUCGAGAAAUAACUUCCUUGCAAGUAGGACGUAAUACAAGAGUAUGCUCAAAUUGGGCAGUGUAACAUCCUUUGACAUCGACUAGUGGCGGAUAAGCUUCAACUGCACCUUUAUCGCACAAAUCUUUCAAUGCCAUUUGAUACUUGGUACAACCGACACGAUCCAACCAACGUUUACAAAAUGCUAAAGUACCUAAAAAACGAAAUGAUAUUACGUUAGAAUGAUUUAUCGUAAAAUAUUCAUAAAAAUUAUCAUACGUUAUAAUUAAUAUCAUUCUUUACCAAAAUGCUUGUUAAUAAUAUUAAGUAAAAAUUUGCUGCUCUGUAAUCUGAGCGGUACAUAUCCGGCAUCAAAACUUUUCAUAUAAUGAGAACAUUCCAAAUCAUCAUGGACGACACCUCUUCCGGUAGAUCCAAAUGUUUCAAUCGCAUAAAAUUCAUUUUCUUCCAUUCUUGUGGCCUCGCCGCCUUUAACUAUCGGUACCGUUUUUCCUGCAUGUAUUCGAUAAGGUGCAAUUGAAUGUCCAUUUAAAUUUCUGAUUGAUUUAACCUGAAGAGAAAAGAAAAAAAAAAGGAAAAUAUUCAUUUAGAAUUGAUAUACAUAUAAUGGCGCAAAUCUUGCUCAGUUUACAUACCUGAUAAGUUUUACCAUCUAUUUCAACUUCGUAUGAUUCCAUAACUUCUUGAAUAGCAGCACCAACAUCGCAAAGCUGAACAUCAAUACCAGCAGCUUUAAUCCCAGUAUUAGUAGCAUCGCGAACUGCUUCAAUAAGUUUAUCAUAUUUUGGAUUAAAUGCUAAGGUGAAUGCACAAUCGAUAAUACGUCCAUUGAUGUGUGUGCCAAAAUCUAUUUUCGUAACAUCAUCGUAUUCCAAAACAGUCGGAUCUCCAGCAUUAGGAGUAUAAUGAGCCGCACAAUGAUUUCUUGAGCAACCUGUCGGAAAUGCCAAUCCUGCUUUCAAUCCGUCUUCUCCUAUCAAUUUUCUAGCCGUAUCUUCCAAUUCAUUGCAAAUUUCUAUCAUUGUCAUUCCUGAUUUAACCUGUAAAGAAAAUAAUUAAUAUAGGAAAGAUUUAUACUUUAAAGAUUUAUAAAUCUUCGAUAAUAUUAAGGAUAUAUAAUUAUAUACCCAUUUCAUAAUAUGCUUUCUUGUCUGCCUAUGUGCUUCUGCAGCUUGUCUAGCUUCAUUAUAAAUGUCGCUAUGCAUUCUGUCCAAAGCACGUGCUUCUUCGCUUGUAAAACGAUUCUUAGCACUUCUUUCGUCAAUUCCAGCGGCAGGAGGAUAAUCCAUUAUUUCUCCGAUAGGGAAGUUUCCAUCGGGAAAUAAUUCUGAGACAGGAAUUGAAGGUCGUUCAGUUUGUUGUUUAACCCCACCAGCCUUAUUACGUGAUUUACGUUUCUUCUUUUUUUUCUUAGCAUCUUCAUUUUCUGUUCCAGUUUCAGUUUCAUUGUCAUUGACUUCCGUUGAUCCUCCAUUAAAAGCAAAACGAUAUUAUUUUAUUAAAUAUAUCCACAGUUGAAUUCUUAUAAUUGAAAAUAUAAUUAAGGAAGGUAUUUACCUUCAACAACUGUAUCAUCAUUUUUUGUUUGAUCAUCCUCCUUUGCCUUAUCAUCUCCUUCUGGUACAUCAGCACUUGCCUCUCCAGCACCUAUACAAUGACGUUUGUAAACAUUAAAUAAAUAAAAUAUUGAAUGUGUAUUUUCGAAUAUUAGAUUACUUUCAUAUUAAUUAUGUUUUAUAUAUAUAUAACAUAAUUAAUGGUAAUUAUGUUUUAUAACGGUAUGUCCAAUAACGGUAAAUUAAAUACAUGAAGCAAAGAUGAAUAAUGCCGAUAUUGUAAGUAUAAAUCGUUCCACAUGUUACACAUUUUCCGUAUUAACUUAAUUUAUUAGAAAAAAAAUAACAGUAAAAAUGUCUCACAUAAGACAAUCGACUAAUACAAAUAUAAGUUUUUCUUAUUUAAAAAAAAAAAAUAAAUAAAUAAAUAAACGUUGUUCAUUUGGAAAAGAAAAAAUAUCUUUAAGAGUUAAAAAAAAAAAAAAAAAAAAAAAAAGAAAAAAGGUACAUUGAACAGAACGUUGUGUUGGAAGCACGAGUGGGUUCAAGCGAACACACCCAAAAAAAAAAUCUUAAUGCAACAUACCGGCCUUCUUCUUCUUCUUCUUCUUUUUUUUCUUUUUCGAUGCUUCUGCUGCUCCAGUUUCGUCCUCUUGAUCUACGAUCUCAUCUUUUUCCUCGUCUAUUAAUUUUUCGGCUGACUUGCCGACCUCUUCUAGUACAGCCGCCAUUUUGAAGAGGAAGCUAAGCAAUGUGCGUCGAAGAUAUGGUAUGCGUCGGUAACGUAGAGCGAACCUUCUAUUGAAUUAUCAACAAAAAUCUAUAACAACGUGGAUAUGUUUUUAUUUAAAAAUAUAUAUUAUGUAUAUAUAUAUAUAUAUAUAUAUAUAUAUGUAUAUAUACAUAUAUGUAUAUAUGCAUGUAGGUGAAACCACGAGCUACAUAAUAAAAUUAAGUAUCCGAUUACGAGCUAAAGUUGUAGAACAAUAACCUCGAGUAAAUACAUAAAAUAGAUAUUCUUCUUUAAGAUUAUCAGUUUUUUGCCACGCUAUGCGUGAAACAGAGAAAGAGAGAGAGAGAGAUGCUAAGGUACAUGUGAAUAAAAAGAGAGAACAUAAUAGUACUACUUGAGAUGGAGCGAUGUUUUUGGAAGGACACUCGAAUGCGAGAUAUCGAUAGUAUUGCAAGUUGUUAAAAUUAUACUGCGAGAUAUAUCGAGAAUAUAGUGCGAGUUAAAUUUAGUUAAAAUUUUAACUUUCGAGAGUUUCAAUUUAUAUUGUUAUUUCUUUUUAUUUCUUUAAGCGAUUAAAUAUAACCUUAAAAAAACAAUUAACAAAAAUUACAAAAAUGAUUUAAAAAAUAAUUUCUCUUUUUCUCUCGCUCGCUCGCUUUGCAGCCUUAAUAGUUGUUAUAUGUAAUUAAUCUCACGUAUACGUAUAGAUUUUCUGUGACCCAUUCAACUACGAUCUAACGAGCAAUCAUAGAAUCUACAGGUUCAUCGUCAAACGAAACAAACACAAAAUAGGUGCAGAAAAAAUGUUUUAUGCUCAUAACCUCUCCCUUAAUGAGCUUGCAAUGCUCGAUCUUUCAAGUAUUAUCUGUUAAUUUGUAAGAGAAAGAAUGUUAGAAAAAACUCGUUUAUUUAUCAUCUAACUUAGUUCGGAUGUUUUGUUUAAAAAUGUACACCAUCAUAUUUACAUAUACAUAUAUAUAUAUAUAGUAUUUUAUUUAUUUAUUUACUAAUUGGUUUUUUCAAAAUCGAAUGUAUGCCAUCUUCCAUUACAUUUAUUCUCAUCUAUAACAUAAAAUUAAUAAAAUUCUAAGAGUUUAUGUAAUAACAAAUCAUAUUCUAUCAAUAGUUUUUGUUUGUUUUUUGUAAUUUCGUUAAUACAAUGGGACCAUUAGAUGUUGAAUACCACAUUCUAUUAAUGUACAUGUAUAUAAUAUAUGUUGAAAGAAAAAUAACAACUUGUUAAUUGUUAUAAAUCAUGUUAUAAGUCUAUGUAAUAUAAAAUGGAACGAU